UGGUGUUGGGUGGCUCGCAAUGUGAUGGUAGAAGGAGUCUCAGAUAUAUGCACAGAGCCGAGUUUACAUGCGUUUCAGUCUUAUGUUUGGAAAAUUAAAGCGCUCCACAACAUGUGUCAUCUUAUUUGAAAGCUGAUGAUUGGUCAUAUGGCAGUUACAGAGAACUUAACACAGAAAAACUGAGAUGUGACAAUCAUUGUCCCAGAUGUGAGGAAGAGGACGAGUCGAUAAACCAUGCAGUUUUUAAAUGUCCCACGGCAUUGCAAAUUUGGGUUUUGUCGUCUACACCAUCAAAGCCAACAGUCUUGCCUUCAACACGUGUUUAUACAAAUAUGAACUAUUUGUUUUGAAGAAAAAAAAAUACUUUCAAAACUUAGAAGAUAACCAAGAUCCACAUAAGAAGCAUCAAAGCCACGUUUUCCUGAAAGAACUUGUUCGAUUAUUGAGGGAGAAUGUCUUUUUCUUUCUAUUUGUAAUUCAGAUGUUUAAAGACUAAUGAAAGUUGUGCUUAAAAAAAAAAUUGGUUCGAAAAUAACCUAUAAUUUUAACUCUUGAGAAAUAGGAUUCACAUUUACAAUGAGAAGAAACCGGUUUCGAAACUUUAAUUGCUGGAAUCACAAAACAAGAGAUAAUUUGUGUAGAUACAUACUAUGUGACAAUUUCAAGGGGACGAUUAGAUCGUACCCCAAAUUUAUACGGAUAAACAUUAUUAUAUACUAUAUAGUAGUAUAAUAUUGGUAUGACGACCUAGUAUAAUUUGGAUAACCGCCUACCAAAUUGAAUAUAUGGUACCAUAGGGAGGUUAGUUAUGGACGUAUAGUCUUAGUAUAUAUUUAAAUAAGCCUUGGCCACUAGUGGUGGCUACGUUUUAAAAUGCUAUGAUAAACCUCAAGUUUUAGAAAUGUAUUGCCGUCGACCGACCUUUUCAAGAAUUAGUAAAUAAAAAUUUCACUGGUAGACUUUAUUAAGAAAAUAUAAUCUCCCGAGUAUUUCACAGUUUCACACACUAAUCAAAUCUUUAACCUAUUAUAUAUCUAGUUAAUCUUUACUCUUCCUCAACGUAUAUAAAUAGCGCUGCAUGCUUUACGGGAUUCAUCCAGUUAAAAAGAGAAGACAAUGGGGAACAUUAUCAUGGUGAGGAGAAAGAAGGCGACAGUAAUGAAGAUCGACGGCGAUACUUUCCGGCUCCAAACUCCGGCCCGAGUGAGCGACGCCACCAAAGAAUAUCCUGGCUUCGUGCUGUUUGACUCCGAGUCCGUGAAAAGAUAUGGAGUUCGCGUCAAGCCGCUUGAGCCGAACCAUAUCUUAGCGCCUAAUAAAACUUAUUUUCUAGUGGAGCUGCCUAACCUUGCGAAUAGGAAUAAGCUUCCGUUCCGAAGAGUUAUGUCCGGUAUACAUGUUAGCGCCAAGGAGCGUCUGGAAAUGCUAAUGCUUUCCCGGAGGGCCGUCUCUGACGUGGCUUUAGCAAGAUCUGACGGCGGAAAUGGGAUUGGGUCUGGACAGACGAGGGUGAGCCUGAAGCUGCCUCGGUCUCAGAUCAUGAGGUUAAUGGGAGAGAGCCACGAUGCAUCUGAAGUCACGGAGAGGAUCAUUUCUCUUUACCGAGAGAGUUCCGGCGAGAUACAAGGCGGCCAAGAUAGCAAUGAUAUUUGUUGGGAACUUGGAGCUGGAGAUUUGAAGAACAAUUACAAGGCCCGAGAGAAGCAUGUGAGCUUCGCGGAGAACGGAGGGAGAGGUGAAAUUGUUGUUUUAUAGAGGAAAACGCUAAAGAAGCCAUCCAUUAUUAUCAAGAUUUUAUAUUUUCUUACUUACCUGCAUGCAUUUGUUAAUUAGCACUCUCAUUUGUUUUCCAAUGUUAAAUUUUCAUCUCCAAAGAGAAAUGUCAUAGAGAAUAUUUUCAGUGGAGACAUUAACUUCUUUGUCUGGUAGUGAAUGAAUCAAAACUUUACAACCUC